GAGAGCGCCGGGCGCUGCGACCGGAGGGACUGGAGAAGCCGCCGGAGCCGCGCCGGACCGACGCCUGCGAGCCCGCCUCCCUCUGCACCCUGAGCUUCCCGGGCUGGCAGGCGGAUAGUGGCAGCUGAGGAAGGUGCCUAAGUCGGGAAUCAUAGUCAUCCCACUGGGACGCCGACGCCGCCGUCUAGCCGCGGAUCCCUCACACCUGUGUCCUUUAAAAUGAAGAAGUUUAAUUUCCGAAAAGUUUUGGAUGGUUUAACUGCCUCCUCCCCUGGCAGUGGUAGCAGCAGUGGCAGUAACAGUGGUGGUGGAAGUGGUUCCGUGCAUCCAGGAGGGACUGCAGGGGUCCUCAGAGAAGAGAUUCAGGAAACCCUGACUUCAGAGUAUUUUCAUAUUUGCAAGACAGUUCGGCAUGGUUUUCCUUAUCAACCCACAGCAUUAGCCUUUGAUCCAGUUCAGAAAACCUUGGCUAUUGGGACAAGAACAGGUGCUAUACGAAUACUUGGAAGACCUGGCGUUGAUUGUUAUUGCCAACACGAAAGUGGUGCAGCUGUCCUGCAGCUCCAGUUCUUGAUCAAUGAGGGUGCUUUGGUCAGUGCAAGUUCAGAUGAUACACUUCAUUUGUGGAACCUUAGACAAAAAAGGCCAGCUAUUCUUCAUUCUCUUAAAUUUAACAGAGAACGAAUUACUUACUGUCAUCUACCUUUCCAGAGUAAAUGGCUCUAUGUUGGAACAGAAAGAGGAAAUACACAUAUUGUAAAUAUUGAAUCUUUCAUUCUUUCUGGAUACGUUAUCAUGUGGAACAAGGCAAUUGAACUAUCCACAAAGACUCAUCCAGGUCCAGUUGUACAUUUAAGUGAUAGCCCAAGAGAUGAAGGGAAACUGCUAAUAGGUUAUGAAAAUGGUACUGUAGUAUUCUGGGACUUGAAAUCUAAAAGAGCAGAACUGAGAGUUUAUUAUGAUGAGGCUAUUCAUUCAAUUGAUUGGCAUCAUGAGGGCAAACAGUUCAUGUGCAGCCAUUCAGAUGGUAGCUUGACUUUAUGGAACUUGAAAAGCCCAAGUCGUCCUUUCCAGACCACAAUUCCACAUGGUAAAAGUCAAAAAGAAGGAAGAAAAUCUGAAUCUUGUAAACCAAUUCUUAAAGUAGAAUACAAGACCUGUAGAAACAGUGAACCAUUCAUAAUAUUUUCUGGUGGACUGUCCUAUGACAAAGCUUGCAGAAGACCAAGUUUAACCAUUAUGCAUGGAAAAGCAAUUACAGUACUUGAAAUGGAUCAUCCUAUUGUUGAAUUUCUAACUUUAUGUGAAACACCCUAUCCGAAUGAAUUUCAAGAACCCUAUGCAGUCGUAGUACUUCUGGAGAAAGAUCUCAUUGUAGUUGAUCUGACACAAAGCAAUUUUCCAAUCUUUGAAAAUCCGUAUCCCAUGGACAUUCAUGAAUCACCAGUUACAUGCACAGCCUACUUUGCUGACUGCCCACCAGAUUUGAUUCUAGUACUCUACUCUAUAGGAGUCAAGCAUAAAAAACAAGGAUACAGUAAUAAGGAGUGGCCAAUCACUGGAGGAGCUUGGAACCUUGGAACACAAACAUACCCAGAAAUUAUUAUUACUGGUCAUGCAGAUGGAUCAAUAAAAUUUUGGGAUGCUUCUGCAAUAACUCUGCAGAUGCUGUACAAGCUAAAAACCUCAAAAGUGUUUGAAAAACAGAAGGUAGGAGAAGGAAAACAAACAUGUGAAAUUGUAGAGGAAGAUCCAUAUGCCAUUCAGAUGAUUUACUGGUGUCCAGAGAGCAGAAUAUUCUGUGUUUCAGGAGUCUCUGCAUAUGUCAUAAUUUAUAAAUUCAGCAGACAUGAAAUUACAGCAGAAAUAGUGUCAUUAGAGGUACGACUUCAGUAUGAUGUUGAAGAUAUUAUUACCCCGGAACCAGAAACAAGUCCUCCAUUUCCAGACCUCUCAUCCCAGCUUCCCUCCUCAAGGAGUCUUUCUGGGAGCACUAACACUGUGGCUAGUGAAGGAGUAGCAAAGGACAGUAUCCCAUGCCUCAAUGUUAAGACACGACCAGUGCGGAUGCCUCCGGGGUAUCAAGCAGAACUUGUUAUUCAGUUGGUGUGGGUGGAUGGUGAACCUCCCCAACAGAUUACUAGUCUUGCUGUAAGCUCAGCAUAUGGAAUAGUUGCAUUUGGGAACUGCAAUGGGUUGGCUGUGGUGGAUUUUAUACAGAAGACAGUACUGUUAAGCAUGGGGACUAUUGACCUAUAUAGAUCGAGUGACCUAUAUCAGCGACAACCACGGUCUCCUCGAAAAAACAAGCAGUUCAUUGCAGACAACUUUUGCAUGCGUGGCCUGUCUAACUUUUAUCCUGAUUUAACGAAACGGAUCCGUACUUCCUAUCAGAGUUUAACUGAGCUGAAUGACAGUCCAGUUCCCCUGGAACUUGAGCGCUGCAAGUCUCCUACUUCAGGACUUGCUACCAGAAUUCCCGAGGCAGCAGCAGGCUUUUGUAGGAAUGAAAUUCCAGCUGUGAGACAGAGGAAUCAAGUGCAUCACUUGCCAGUUAAAGGAUCAAGAAAGUUAAGUCUGCCAACAGAUCUUAAGGCUGAUCUUGAUCAUGUAAAUGGACACUGCACAAGUCCAACUUCUCAGAGCUGCAGUUCUGGAAAACGUCUUUCUAGUGCUGAUGUUUCAAAAGUAAACCGCUGGGGUCCUGGAAGACCACCAUUUCGAAAAGCACAGUCUGCUGCUUGCAUGGAGAUUUCUUUACCAGUUACAACAGAAGAAAGCCGAGAAAAUUCGUAUAGUCGUUCUAGGAGCUCCAGCAUCUCUAGUAUUGACAAAGAUUCUAAAGAAGCAAUUACAGCGCUAUACUUCAUGGAGUCCUUUGCUCGGAAAAAUGACUCGACUGUCUCCCCUUGCUUGUUUGUUGGAACUAGUCUGGGAAUGGUGUUAAUCAUCCCCCUGAACCUACCGUCAGCAGGUGAACAAAGAUUCACAGAACCAGUCAUGGUAUUGCCAAGUGGUACAUUCCUCUCAUUGAAAGGAGCUGUGCUAACAUUCUCCUGUAUGGAUCGAACUGGUGGAUUAAUGCAACCGCCAUAUGAAGUGUGGAAGGAUCCAAACAACAUAGAUGAAAAUGAAAAAUCUUGGAGAAGAAAACUGGUCAUGAACUUCCCCUCUCCAUCCCAAGAAAUAGGAGAUCAUCAAUAUACAAUAAUCUGCUCAGAAAAACAAGCCAAAGUCUUCUCACUGCCUUCUCAGACUUGCCUUUAUGUUCAUAACAUCACCGAGACAUCUUUUAUACUGCGAGCAGAUGUGGUGGUCAUGUGUAACAGUGCCUGCUUGGCGUGCUUUUGUGCCAACGGGCAUAUCAUGAUAAUGAGCCUACCUAGUCUUCGCCCAAUGUUGGAUGUUAAUUAUUUGCCACUGACAGACAUGAGGAUAGCACGGACAUUUUGUUUUACCAAUGAAGGACAGGCAUUAUACCUCGUGUCUCCUACUGAAAUCCAGCGGUUAACAUACAGCCAAGAGAUGUGUGAUAACCUACAGGACAUGUUGGGAGAUUUGUUUACUCCCAUAGAGACUCCAGAAGCUCAAAACAGAGGGUUUCUAAAGGGACUGUUUGGCGGAAGUGGACAAACAUUUGACAGAGAAGAACUCUUUGGGGAAGCUUCUGCAGGAAAAGCAUCCCGCAGCCUUGCACAACACAUCCCUGGGCCAGGUGGUAUAGAAGGGAUGAAGGGCGCUGCAGGAGGGGUGAUGGGAGAGCUCACUCGGGCACGGAUCGCACUUGACGAGAGAGGACAGAGGUUAGGAGAGCUGGAAGAGAAAACUGCAGGCAUGAUGACCAGUGCAGAAGCGUUUUCCAAACAUGCACAUGAGUUAAUGCUGAAAUAUAAGGAUAAGAAAUGGUACCAAUUCUAAACCUCUAAAGAAGCUGUGACUGCUUUGAGAAACCAUUAUUCAGGGAAACCAAAUUUAUUCCCAGCAUCACUAUUCAACUGCUAGAAGCCAGUUUCUUCUACAAAAAAUGUUCCAUUACAGUCCAUCUGCAGUGAUCAUAAGAGAGACUUAUCAGAGACACUGUACAACCGAAAGGCUGGAACCCCGGUUAAAAUCCCAAGGUAUGGCUGAAUUUGCCUUUUCCCACGUGGAAUGGAGCUACCAUCUUGGCAUGUCAUUUGCUAAGGAAUUUACAUUUAGGAACUACGAGGAGUCCUCCUGAUGUGAAAAAAUCCUGUACAAACAAAAGCAUUAAUGCACUUAAUGAAAAAAACAAUCUUUGCAUGAUAAAUUAACAUCUUAAGAGGAAAAGAAACAAAAGCAUGUUGUGACAGAAGAAAAAAAGAUUAAUGGUAAACUAUUUUCAUAAAUUGGGCCACACCUGACAAUUCAAAAAAUCUGCAUUAGAAGUUAUCAGUGCAUUUCAAGUACAUUUCCAUACCCAACUGAAAAGGAAAAGAAAACAAAACCAAAGUUUUUGGCUCAUCUCUAACUUUCAUUAUACUAAAACAUUAUUGAAUUCUUAUGGCAAGAGUCUGACUAAUAUUCCUCUCCAUUAUAUUUUAGAUCAUUCACAGUUCUCAGUCAUAAUCAAGUAUUGCCAGUAUAAUAAAUUAUUCCUAACACAAUUUUUUCCAUUUCUAUCACCGUCAGAACAAGUUGCUAUUUUUAGUCACAAACCUUGCAGGGUGGGUCACCUCAAAGCAUUUUUUCAGCCUGGUUUGUUCUCUGCAGGGGAGUUAACGAUAGGUUCGGGGAAACUAGACUAUAGAACAACGCAGUUAGCUUUGAGAACUGAUUUCACACACGCUGGUUUCAGUUUCUGAAGUGAUAUAUUUUUAAUGCUCCAUUCGUAUCCUUGUCUGCCAAUUACACAGUAUAUUACUGUUCAAACCCAGUGGGGUCUUCAAUCCAAAGGUGCUCUUGCAGCCUGACACGCACAGACCAAACUGGUCAUUCUCUUUAACCGCGAUUCAGUAAAACCUCAGUAAAUGUUUCGAGAAAGGGAUUCUGAUUUAUUACAUUUCUGAUUAACAAGGGCUUUUGUUAGAAAUACUUUUGGUUCUGUACUUACUCUUGAAAACCUUUAUAAAAUAUAGUGGUGUUUUUGCUGUCUUGGCCUCAGUCACCAUUAUGGACAAUAGAAAUACAGAGAUUUUAAUGAUACACAAUCAAUAAUUUUGUCACUCAGGCUAAAUAAUAUAAACCAUAGGAUUAUGUCAAUAGGUACCAAACACCUAUUCCUUACUAAAAACUCUUUUAAAAUGAAAUAAAGAAUAUCCUUAACAUGAUCAUGCUAAAAAGGUAUCUAUCAGAGGACUGUUAAAGGCAAAACAAAACAAAGACACCUGCUAUCAUUAUUUAACAUGAAUCUAGAAGUCAAAAGUCAUACAAAUGAAUAUAUGCAGAUUCCAGGACCGCUCCUGUAAUAUGUUGUUCCUUCAAAAAUAAUAUAUUUUUUUAAAUUAAUGGAUUUGGCUUAUUGAAUUUUGAUUAAUCAACAUCUUACUAGAUCUACAUUUGUGUUUUUUUAAGAAAUCACCAUUUUCCUGAAGUUCAAGUUAUUUUAAUAGCAAAGAUAGUAUUUCUUGGGUUUUUUUAGAUUUUUUUUAAGUGAAUUUGAUUGAAGUGGUACUUUCUUUAAAUGUUUUUAGUAAUUUUGAGAAGAGCAAAGAUGAUUGAAAGAGUCAGUAAAUGUAUACCAGGAUAGCAUUGCUCAGAGUCCUUGAAUUCUCCUUAUUUCUCAUAAAAGUCUCUCCACAAAUCUCUCCAGACUCCUGUGAACAGCCUUAAAGAACAGAACCUGACUUGGAAAUGCAAACAUGAUACCUAAAAUUAUAUAGUAAAUAUAGUAAAGAAACUUGAGACCAGGAUUUGGAAAGCCUUGGUGGUCAAAUUGCAGUGCACUAUUUAUUUGUACCAUCAAUUUCAAGGACCCAGUUUUCUGAUUUUUCUGAACAGAUACUUUGUCAUUUCUAUAUUUAAAAAAAAAAAACCUAAAAUAUUAGUUUAUUUUAGCAACAAUAAAAUUGAGUCCAAAGUGGCUUUAAGUUCAAGAAAUAUCUCUGAAGUCCCUAAUAAGAUUUGAUUUAAUUUGUCCUACAUCAGGGUUUGUCAACAGUGGCACUACUAACAGAACAUUCUAUGUUAUGGGGACUGUCCUUUGAGCACAGGAGGCAGCAACAUCCCUGGCCUCUGCCCCCCGGAGGCCAGUAGUAACCCCCAAGUAAUGACAAUCAAAACUGCCUCCAGCCAUUGCCAAAAUUGCUCCCGAUUGAGAGCCACUGCUCUACAUCAUUUAAGGACAGAUUGAGUGUGAAUAUGUAAUAUAAGUCUUAUGUGAAAUUAAGCAUAAUAAUUGCACAGUGUCAUAACAAGAUAAAUGAUUAUUCCCAAAAUUACAUGUACGCUUCAUAUGCAAUACAAUACUGUUUUGGAGAAAGCUUAUAUGGAUCAGUAAAAAUUAACACAGACUAUUUUAAAGCAUACAGAGAAAAUACCAAAAAGGACACUAUAGCAUUUCACAGUAGGAGUGCUUAAAACUCUAGCGAAUAGAUCAAAGGUUUAUAAUUAGCACAGCAAUUGGAAGUAAACAGGUGCUUCUGAAAUGCUUGAAAAGAAUAGGUUCUUUUUAAAUGUGUCUUUCAAUAUUGUUUUUAUAAACCCUUUCUUAAUGUAAGGAUAACUUUAUCCCACAAACUCCUGAUUAGUGGAAUACAAAUUAAUGAGGUUUUACUGUAUCAAAAUUAUUUUUAUAAUCCGAAGAGAUAGCAAUAACAAGAAUGUAAUGUGCAUGUGACUUUUCUCUUUGAACAGUUUUGUUCUGUUGCACUCACCUUAGCGCGCGCGCGCACACACACACACACACACAUACACACCACAACCACCAUCUUAUCAUCAUCUGUGGCAAAUGAGUACUAUUAGUCCAUGUAAUUCUUUUCAUCUCUCCUCUGUACUAUUUAAGUACCUUGCCUCUAAGAAUAUAAGAAAAAUACUCCCAGUUACUUGGACAAUGAUAGAGAAAAUGACUGAGCCUUAGUUGUCAUUAAAAUUACAUUAUACCUGCUAAGGUGGCAUCAGAAGGCUUGAAAACCAGUCUCUACAAGUUGACUUUAUCUCUCUAGGACUCCCUCAAGAGCUAACCCCUUCUUAAUGUCCCAGGAGAAAAUGGGCCUUUGCAUUCUAUUCAUCAAUGAGAAGGUAGAAGUGUUUGUUUUUCUGGUUCUAGUAAUAAGCAAUAAUCCCUAUCAUGAAAUCAUCCAUUAACCUCAGCAUUUGGAAGGAAGGAUGAGUGAUUUAUCAUUUAUUUUAAUCCCCUACAAAAGCAGUAGUACUGAUUUUGCUUCCUUCACUUCACUGAGACCCAGACUUAGAGCCCCAGUCAUCAUUAGGGUUGUUGUCUGACUAUCAAUUUCGGAAGGACAGUGACAACUCAGUGAGAUGCUUUCUGAGAAUUCAGUCAUAAAGACAAUUUUUCAAACCUUUUAUAUAGCCUUUGAAUGAUUCUCAAGUUAAUAAAUCAGAAUCCAGGUCUCUAUUCUUCAAAGAUCCUAAGGGAUUGCAAAGGAACAAGUUUACUAUUGGAGUCCUUUUAUGUGACCCAUGUGUCCAGUUUUAAAGGUACCAUUUGUCUGCUAUCUGCGUUAAGGGAGGACCAUGGCUUUGAAAAAGAGAAAAAAAACAAUAUGCCCUAGGUUGACUGAAUAUUAAGAUUAGCUCUUUGAGCUAUAUGGUGGUAAAAUGUUUGGCAAAAGGGAAAAUGAAGAGGGUCUAGAAAAGUAAACUAAAAAUCCUCUCCUUGGUUUAGGAUCAUUGCGACAACCCGGGAGUAAAUCUCUGUGAUUACAGCCUGCUCCUGUGGGAAGACAUUAUAACUUGACCACUUUUGCUGAGAGAAAGCAAUGCCAAAAGCAGUCAGACAUUCCUGUCAGGGCUUGCUCUUCGCCUCAGGAGAAACACGGUAGCCUGCACAGCUUCUUCACUUCUGUCCAUUGUAGUCCCAAACUCGUUUUGACUAGGUACUAUUUCACAUACACACUGGCAAGUGGGCCAUACAUACUUGCCGGUAAGUCAUGCAUUUGGAUUGUAUCAUUGCAGGGAGCAUGGUUGUCAUGCAGCAGGUUUAGUGUAUAUAUUUGCAGACAAUAUAGCCCUGAGAGGAUGAAAUGCAGAAUAGAUAAGUUCUGAGUUGGGAAAGGAAGAGGAAGUGCCAAUUUGAGGCAAGAGCUUUGGGGUGGGAGGGACACAGGAGCCAGAGGAAAGAGGAAGAGGCUUUGAUGAGGAACCAGAGGUGCAGAAGUUUGCCUUUGUAUCAGGUUCGUGCAAAACUAAUUGCGGUUAAAAAAAUUGCAAAAACCUCAAUUACUUUUGCACCAACCUAAUAAAUUUAUGUAGGGAAGUGAUUCUCAACCUUGGUUGUUUAUAAGAAUCACCUAAGGAGCUUUUAAAAUUCCUAAUUAAAAUCUCUCGGAGUGGGAACCAAACAUCAGUAUUUUUGAAUGCCCCAAGGUAGUUCGAUGUCCAGCCAAGCAUGAUAAGCACUGCUUUAUGGCCAACUAAGGAAGACACGUUUAUCUACCUUGGCUUGUGUCCAAGCCCCGCUUCUGAGGGGUCAGGGAAGGCAAAGAUGGAGGAGAUACAGUGUUGGCUGGAUGAUAUUUAUUCUGUGUCACAACCAAAACAAAUGUUCUGUGUAAAUUGAUGUCCAAACAGUGCCCAUUACCCCUCAGUAACUCUGUCUUUGUGAUUUUCUCCUAUGAGACUUGGCCAUUAAUUAUUCCAAGUCAAACAUCUAUGUUUUAAUUAUCUACUACAUGUGGCAUUACAAAACACCAGAACUAUAAGAACUUCAACAGCAUGUAAAACUAAGUGGAAAACUAAUUCUCAAUAGCUGGAUAGUGGAAAUACUCAAAACAAUCAUUUACUAAAUCAGGUCCAAAUGUAUUAUUCAUUAUUCGUUCGGAGGAGACAUGGGUACCAGGUACCUGUUCUGGUAUAGGUAUAUUUUACUGGACUUGAGCUUAGCAAGAAGGGAGAACACCUCUUCCUUUUCGAUUGUUGUCUUAGCUCCCAGGGCCACUUGGAUUCAUUUUCUUAGUAACUACACAUGUUUAAGGGGAGAAGAAUGGCUGUAACUCACUAUCUGGCCUCCAGUGCCCGGAAAGAGUGUUCUCACUAUCAAAACAGGAGAGUCUGCCUAUCCAAGGCAACAAUACUCUAUGAGAAAACUCAGCGGGUUCUCUCUCGUACUGCUCCCCUCUAGUACUGGCCCACCCUUCUCAACUGCAAAGCCAGAAAAUAAAGUAGAUGGUGGUUAAGGACAAGUGUACACAGGAUCAAAAUCUCUAAUAACCUAUAAUUUUUAGUACUUAAUUAUGUGAUGUUUUAUUCUAGGAAAUAAGAAAUAUCAUUGAUGUAUCUUUCUUUCAUCUUCAGAAUUUUUGCAUCUUUUCAGAAAAUGACAAAUUACUAUUUUUCUGUUGCACUCAGCAAUUGUGACUAUACUUAAAAUUCUUGUAGUCUGUAGAGAUAUCAAUAAAAUUGUAUAUGUUUGUA